AUGCGUGCCUCCAUUGCUAUCGCUGCCAGCAUUCUUGCUGUUGCAUCCGCAAAGACCAUCAGCGUUACCGACACUGUUGAUGUAACUAUCACCUCCUGCGAACCGACUGUCUCUAACUGUCCUUACAAGCCAACUGCCACCGGUACCUGGGAUGACUGGACCAGCUCCACCACCACCACUACCACCACGAAGAAGGUCGACCCCGCCAAGAGCACCUCGACCACAUGGGCCGACUGGGAGAUGACCACCACCACGACCACCACCAAGAAGGUCGAUCCCGUCACCUCGACCACCUGGGCCGACUGGGAGAUGACCACCAGCACCACCACCAAGAAAGUCGAAGCCGUCACCUCGACCUCAGCCACCUGGGCUGACUGGGAAUCCACCACCCUGUCGACCGUCCCCGUCGCCCCCGUCACCACCUGGGCAUCCAGCGUCCCA